UUCCCCUGUUCCUUUCCUCUCUGCCGAGGCACUCAAUUACCAUGACAUCUCAAAAAGCCAUCAUCGUUACAUCCCCCACACAUGCGGCGUUAGUUUCCGACAGACCCAUCCCGAAGCUACGCGAUGACGGCAUUCUCGUCAAAACCGUCAGCGUCGCAUUGAAUCCUACCGACUGGAAACACAUCGAUUAUCUGGCUCCGCCUGGGGUUCUCGUUGGCUGCGACUACGCCGGAGUGGUACAGGAAGUCGGCAAGAAUGUCAAAAAGCCCUUCCAAAAGGGAGACCGCAUUUGCGGCUUCGCGCACGGAUCUAACGCCGUCCAGCCUGAGGAUGGAACCUUUGCGGAGUUUAUCGUCGUCAAGGGGGAUCUUCAGUACAGGAUCCCCGAUAAGAUGAGCUUCGAAGAGGCGGCCACCCUCGGUCUGGGAGUCACUACAGCCGCUCAAGGACUUUAUCAAAGUCUCCGACUUGCCCUCCCUACCGAACCUCUCCAACAGUCACUCCCGAUCUUGAUCUAUGGUGGCUCCACGGCAACCGGAACAUUGGCAAUCCAAUUUGCCAAGUUAUCCGGCUAUGAGGUCUUGACUACCUGUUCGCCUCGUAACUUCGAGCAAGUAACAAGCAUCGGCGCUGACAAGGUCUUCGACUACAAUGACCCAAGCACUGCCGAGGCGAUCCGGCAGCAGACGGGCGAUUCUCUAACCCUAGCAUUCGACACCAUCUCACUGAAAAGCAGUGCGGACUACUGUGACCGUGCUCUUUCCUCGCAGGGAGGCAAUUAUAGCUCCCUCUUGCCCAUCAGCAUUGAGCGCGAUAAUGUCAGAGACCGCGCUACCAUGGCCUACACGGCGUUCGGAGAACCGUUCAAGUUCGGACCGAGGGAUAUCCCUGCUCGGCCGGAUGAUAGGGCGUUUUCGGAACGGUUCUGUACGAUCUUCGAGGACUUGUUGGCGGCUGGGAAAAUGAAGGUCCAUCCUCCUAGGGUUGGCGAUGGGGGGUUGGAUGGUAUUUUGGGCGGUCUUCAGCUCUUGAAAGAGGGGAAGGUUAGUGGGGAGAAACUUGUGUAUAAUAUUGCGGAUACUCGGUCUGCGGAUACUCGGUCUGCUACAUCGUCAUAAUAGAUGUAUAGCUAUCAUGCU